AUGCACGCCUCUACCAUCUUCGCUCUGGCCGCUGCCACCUUCGCCUCCGCUGCCCCAGUCGACAUCCCCGGCCAGCAGUUCGGUAGCUUCGAGGUCUCCAACUUCAUCUUCGGCUGCACCAGCGGCUGCAACUGGUACUUCGACGUCUCCAUCGCCGGCUCCUUCCUGAACCACCCAGCGAUCGACACCCCAGUCCACUGUGAGGGUGGAUGGGCCCUGGACCCCUCAGACGUUCCCUCCGAGUACGUCGAGUGCGGCCCCAUCAGCCAGACCCAGAGUGUCUCCGCCUACGUCACCCGCGCUGUCGAGGAGGGCGAGCAGAGCGUCUUGAACCUCGUCUACUCCACCAGCAACCCCCUCACCGGUGCUGUCUUCAAGUACUACGGUGACGACAACGUGUACUCUGCCACCGGCUACAACGCUUCUCUGCAGCAGAGCGAGUUCUCCGUCCCAGAGACCAGCGCCACUGCUGUCAUCUAA